CUCGCAGUUCGAUAAAUCGCGUCAUUCUUCAGUCAUCUCCAGGUCUCGAAAGAGACUGGUAACGUAGAUCUUGUGGUCUCCGCGACAAAUUAAAAUGGAUUACACGAAAUUUUUUGCGAGAAGAACUCAUUUCCGAAGAGAUAAUCUCAUCAGGCGAUUGACGAAGUUGUACUUGCAAAAUCCUGGCUCGAUUAAUCUGGCGUCUGGUAUGCCCAAUUCCGCGAUGUUUCCAUUUCAAAAUUUAUCAGUCGAGUGUGGAGAUAAAACGAUAAGCUUAUCGCCAAAAGAAAUGGGAGAUGGACUGCAGUACGGACCAUCUCAAGGAUAUUUUCCUUUGGUUAACAAAUGGAAAGACUUCCAAACCCGGUGGCACAGUCCGCCAUUCAAGAACUGGGACGUCGCUGUUGUCCCUGGGUCCCAGGACGGAUUUUACAAGAUCCUCGAUAUGAUGAUCGACGAGGGCGAUCCUAUUAUGGUGCAGGCACCUGCCUACGCCGGGACCAUAGCUGCAGUGCACGCCAUGCGGCCAGAGUACAUUGGAAUUCCCCAGGACGCCGAUGGGGUCAUUCCGGAGGAAAUCGAGAAAAUUUGUAGCUCGCGAUUGAAGAAAAACCUGACAUUACCGAAAGCCCUGUGCGUGAACCCCACUGGUGCGAACCCAACGGGCUCCGUCCUCACGACAGACCGAAAGAAAAGUAUCUACAAACUCGCGCAGAAGUACGACUUCCUCAUCAUCGAGGAUGAUGCGUACUAUUUCGUUCAUUUUCUCGAUCGCCAGCCCCCAUCUUUCCUAUCCAUGGACACCGAUGGACGGGUCAUUCGGCUGGAUUCAUUCAGCAAAGUUGUCAGCUCUGGACUACGACUGGGAGUGGUGACAGCAGGUCAGGAGAUCAUAGACAAGGUGAUCGUGAGCUUGCAGAAUACAGUCCUUCAUGCUUCUUCGUUGUCGCAGAUAUUGAUGUUCAAGCUUCUGGAGAGCUGGUCCCCAGAAGAGUUUGACACGCACAUCGCAAAAGUUCAGAAUUUCUAUAGGUCUCAACGUGACAUGAUGGUCAGAUCUGUGGAGGAACAUCUGAAAGGUGUGGCAGAAUGGUCAGUCCCCAAGGCCGGUAUGUUCGUCUGGAUAAAACUCAAAACGAAGGACAAUGCUUUAGAUCUAAUCAUGGAGAAAUUAAUUCCCAACGGGGUGUUCAUCAUUCCUGGAAGUGCCUUCGAUUACGACGAGUAUCAGGAGGAUAACCACCUGCGCUUGUGCUACAGCUUCUCCACGGAGGAAGAAGUCGACAAGGCAAUGAGAAUUCUUUCAAAAUGUCUGCGCCAACAAGGGAUGGAGUAAAAUAGGGAUGCUCGCGGUUCAAAAUCUGGAGAAUUAAUUAACAGACACAUCGAUCGAUCACUUUACUAUCGGAUAUUGUGAUAAAAUGGAGUUUUUAACAGUAAAAAUAAAGAAAAUAGAGAAAGAAUGACUACAAGUUUUUUAAAUGAUUACGAG